CCCAUUAAUGCGGUAUAUUCUUCGUUACUACAGAACUAUCUGGACCAUUCAUGUAUUCUCGAAAAUAAUGUUAUUAUGCGAGAAAGCAGAAGUUGUUUUUUUGUGGUUGUUGAUUCCUACUAUUGUGUUUGCCCAGGAGGAAAACAGGGAGAGAAAGCAACAUCCCGAACUAACAAAAUUAGUGAGGAAUUGGGCUCAGAAACUAGGCGGUGAGCUAUGGCAUUUUGGGGAAUUGGUAACGAGAAGAACCAUGGUGAUAGAUAGUUUCAAAGAUACAACAAUAGUAAGAGAGGAUGGCGAGGCCUUACUCAAAGAUAUUCAUGAAAGAAUAAGUCACAUGAUGAAGCUAAAAGUGGAAGCUGUGAAGAGAAUAAUGGAUAUAGCUGAGCAAGCUGCGAAAGCUCAAAAAGAAGACGAUAUAGAUGAAGAUUUUCAGUUCUACAAUACCAAAAAUUUGACCAACUCUGCGCCAAAUUAUACUGUGAAUGAUGAGGAAGAUCUACAGGAAAGGGAUACCCCUAAACUCCAAGAAUUGAAAUAUAAUGAUCCCUUAAUAUCUUCAUAUAAUUUCGAUGAAAGAUAUAGAUCGAUGGUUCAACAAGGAGAGACAGAUUUCCAACAAGAUGAUGAACCCAGUGAAGAAGGAGACAGUUUUAAAGAGGAUCUUGAAGGCACUGAAGAGAUAGAGAUAACUGAUGGUUCAGAAAAAGACCCACAAGCAAGUCAAACUCCUAUAAAAGAUAAAACACGUUUGCCAUUUUAUCCAAACAGGAGAUUUUACAACAUACCUGUCAAUACUAACUUCAGUGCAGUUCAUGUGCCAAGUAAUGUUUAUGAAAGAUCGAAAGAUGUGCUCACCGGCAUUAUUUGGUCUGAGGAGUUAGACAAAACAUUCAGGAAUAAUUAUAAAUUGGAUCCAACCCUCUCCUGGCAGUAUUUUGGUAGUUCAUCCGGAUUCAUGAGGCAGUUUCCAGCCAUGCAAUGGCACGAGGAACCUCUAGAUCUUUACGAUUGCCGCACACGUUCUUGGUUUAUCGAAGGGGCUUCUUCGCCAAAAGACGUGAUAAUCCUGGUUGACAGAUCGGGAUCUAUGACAGGAGUACGGAGGGAAAUAGCCAAACAUGUGGUUCACAACAUUUUGGACACCCUUGGCAAUAACGACUACGUAAACAUAUUCACCUUCAGCAAUACGACAGAUCCUCUGAUCGAUUGUUUCGAUAACAUAUUAGUUCAGGCAAAUAUGGCAAAUGUACGUCUGCUGGCAGAAAGUAUGACCAACUUCAAAACCGAACAGAUUGCCAAUUUUUCAUUGGCCUUGAUUACAGCUUUCGAGAUUUUGAAAGACUAUAGAGAGAGUAAACAAGGUGCUGGAUGUAAUCAAGCUAUAAUGUUAGUAACAGACGGUGUCCAAAAUAACUAUACUGAUAUAUUCGAGCAAUAUAACUGGAUCAAACCUUUCGUCAAUGUUAGAAUUUUCACCUAUUUGAUUGGCAGAGAAGUUUCGAACGUGAAGGAAGUUAAAUGGAUGGCUUGUGCUAAUCAAGGUUACUUUACACAUCUCAGCACUUAUGCAGAAGUGAGAGAAGAAGUUCUACAGUACAUACCUGUGAUGGCUCGGCCAAUGGUUCUGAAUCCAAACCACAAACCGAACCCUACUUGGACACCGAUCUAUGCCGAUGUGACAGAUCCAAAACUAACAAAUUGGCUUUGGAUUAAUAGAGAGAGAAAUAGACAGAGGGAGAGGUUCUUAGGAUACCGUCCCAAUAAAACACAAAUAUCUCCUGAUGUUCUGGACAAGAAGUUUGUUCAUCAACAGAAAAAUAAACAAGAUAAUUAUGGUGAUCUACAGGUCUACCACAUGAUGACUUCUGUUUCUUUGCCUGUGUACGAUAAGAAGCAGCGUAAGAAUUUUACAGAAAAAGUGCGUAUAAACGAAGCCGUUUGGAUCGAUGUUGUAAGAGAGGAAAGAGUAGCAAACCUUUUGGGAGUUGCUGGUACAGAUGUACCGAUAGAAUAUAUUCAAAGGCUGAUGUUGCCUUAUAGGUUGGGAGUGAACGGUUAUGCUUUUAUAGUAACAAAUAAUGGCUACAUUUUGACUCAUCCUGAUCUGAGGCCGGUGCAUCAAGGUAUUCUUAAACCGGCCUACAACAGAGUCGAUCUAACAGAAGUUGAGCUUCUAGACGACGGUGAUGCAGAUCCUAGAACAUGGUCUGAAGAAUUGAAAGAAUUCAGAAAAAGGGUAGUCAUGCAAAGGAAGGGAAAUAAAACCUUCAAUGUUAAAACGCACCUAGACGAUAUGAGGAGAAUUAUCGUCAACACAAGGCACUAUUUCUACAUGGGCCUUAAUGACACCCCUUUCGGUUUGGUGAUAGCACUGCCUGGUAAAUAUGGAUUCAACAGGGUGCAACACCCUGUAGAAAAUGACAUUCACCGUAUAAGGUCGAAUGAUAAGAUAAAGAGACCGUUCACUCAGUUUUUCACAGGAAAUUGGACUAUACAUCCUGAUUGGCACUAUUGCCGUUAUUUAGAUGACCAUCAUUACUUUGAAACUCCAGAGCAGGAGUUCUUACAUUUUUUGGAGAAAAUGGAGAGUCCUGGAUGGAAGUGGACAUCAGAAUGCGACCGUAAAUUAAUAUGCAAGGUGGUUGCAGAUGCUAAAAUAACAGCGUGGUUUAGUCAAAAUAUAACGACUACAAGUAAAGAGGAAAAUGGACCGGAGUUUAUAAAACGAUUUGGUAUCACUGUUGCUUUCUUAGCUACUCAUAGUGGUUUGACUAGAUGGCAAGACUUUCCACAAAACAUCGAUCUGAAUACUAGUGAACCAUCAAACUUCCAUUUGGUUCACAAUAAAGCUAUAGACGAGGUAUGGUACAGGAGAGCUGUUGAAAGACAUUACGUCGAUCCAAGAGGCUUUAUAUAUUCUGUACCCUUUGAAAUAGGCCACGAAAGUAAUGUUCUUGUUACGGUCAGUCAUGCCAUUUUUCGUGAUGAUAGCAACAAAAGGGCUCCAGCAGCAGUAGUUGGUUACCAGUUCUACCACUCCUCCUUAUAUUCGUUAUUCAAGAACAUCACCACAACUUGUGGGGAUAUGUCAUGCACGAGAACCUGUGAUUCCAAAGAGCUUCAUUGUUUGAUGGUAGAUGACAAUGGAUACGUGAUAGUGAGUAACAACGUUCAGGACACUGGGUUCUUCUUUGGUCAGAUAAGGCCAGACAUAAUGAAAGAGUUGUUGAAAGAGAACAUUUAUAAAGUUACUAGGGUCUUCGACUACCAGGGUAUUUGCCCAGAAGGCGAAGAAGUGGGAAAUCCUGCUAGUAAACUCCUUACACCCUUUGUACAUUUAUCGACAAUCUUCCACUGGUUAUUGACGACUGCAGCUUUUUUCAUCAAUCUAGCCGUGGGGGAAGAGUUUAAUCCUUUGUUCUAUCAAACUCCGGAUCCACUGGAUGAUCGAAUAGAGCAAGAGCAACUUUUUGUUGAUGCUGAUCCUCAAGAAGAUAUAGAAAACCAUGAUCAGCCUUACUUCAAGUUGAACGAAAAAGAGUUCAUUGCUAGAUAUAGAAUACAGAAGACUAAACCAGAGUCUUGUGACAACGAAAUGUGGAUAUAUAGUCUAGUACACUACACGGAAAGGAAUAUGUCCAACAGUGGUUACAACAAGACAAUGACAGAUUGUUCUAGACCAUUUAUCGUGCAAAGGGUAUCUGGCAGCAACAUGAUCCUACUGGUAAUCAAUAACCUGUGUAGAGCUAAUCAUGAUGAAACCAUCCCUUGGCCUGAACCCAUUCAAUACAAUUAUAAUAUGAGUGCAACUUGUUACAAAGUGUUGUACAACAACCUUCCAAGGCGUCACUAUAUGAGCUGCAUCAAUAGGAAUAUCAACGAAAGUGAAAUAAAGCUCUGUGGACAUGGGACCAACCUUAAAUUUUCUAUUGGAUUAGUGUUGCUUCUAUUAACAGCACUACAACUAAAUCUGGAGCAUCUUCAGUAGAAUUAUUGAACAUUUCGUUUUAGAUAAUUUUCAAAAUCUGUGAUAUACCCUUAUUAACUCAUAUAUUACAAUUUCUGUUGGGAUAUAUUUACACUUUAUUGUUGAUUGUUGACGUCUUAUAGGGUGUAUGGCGCUUAGAGAUGUGUCCGUAUUAAAUUUUGUAUAUAAGAUUAAGAAUUUCUGAAAGUAAUGUGAAAAGAUGGUGGAAGAGUUUAUGAUUGAAGUUUUAAUUCAAUUUUGAUUUAAAAAUAAUCACAUUAAUUUCGUUAUUAUUUUUUCAAUUGUCAUUUACCAGUUAUCAGGUAAAACGCAUAUCCAUUUAUCAAUUCUCUUUUUGAUCACAAUCCUGAAUUUGUCCCUGUUUCCUUGCAAUUCUUCAGCCAAAGUAAGAAUGCUCAAUAUUAAAAUUUUCAAAAGAUUAUAUGCGUUUUUCUGAAUUAUAGGUGGGUUUCAAAAGUUCUUUCAACGUAUAUUUUCCAAUGUACAUGUACAAUAUAUUCCUUGUUGCUAUUCGAGAUUAUUACUCGUAUGCUGAGUAAUGUAUAGAAAACAAUUUUAACUCAGAAAGUUGCAUUACCAGUAGCUUCAGAAGAUAAAUAUCCAUUUUCAAAUAACUAAUUUUGAAACUGAACUGAAGAAUGGAUAUAUGAUACAGGGUGUUCCACCACCCUUAUAGAUAAUUUUCGAUUGGUUUUCAGUUCAAUAUUUGAAAUUAUAAAAAGUUUGUAAUCCAAAUUGUUAUAUUUUUAUGUAAUUUAUUUUCGAAAGAAUACUUGAAUAUAUCAUAUAAGUAUUCCAAAUUUUGGAUGUUUCUUACUGCUGGACAUAUUAUUACUUAUCUGAAAUGCCCAGAAUUUCAUACAAAUUUCCGUCCUUUGUUGACAUUCCAAGAAAAGUGGAACUUUUUCUUUCGAUAUUUGUAUUUUACGAAUCAUAUUGUUAUAUUUCAUUUAGAUUUCUGCAAAUGAAAAAAAAUUCGUCAAAAUAAACUAUUCUAUAAUAGUAUUUUUUUGAUGCUUUGUAGUUUAUAAAUUUUAUUGAAUUUUUAUACAAAUUGAAAAUGCAGAUAUUGUUAGUUAAGUUUGAAUUAUCAUAAUUAAAACAGAAAAUAAGUGAUGAUCAAGUACUUACUUUUAGUUGGCUACCUCAAUACUAAAUAAUUUAAGCAUUACUGAUUGUACUUACUCUCAAAUUGCGGUUUUAAAA